GAGGUCCUCCCAGAAUGAACCAGUACCUGAACACUGGGGAUUUUUCACAGACCUGACAUCCCUUCCGGAGAACAGAUGAUCCCUGCCUGGUCUCUCGGUGUCCUCCUCCUGGGCUACGUCUUUGGAUUCCCAGUCCCCUUCAACAGCACUCAGAGACAAUAUGAAAAUGAGAGUCUUCUUCAACUCAAUGACACAGUGGCCAAAUCUACACAACCCUUCAUGUCGAAUGAAACAGAGAUUCCCUUCCCCUUUCAAAUUAUACUUCCUAUGGAGAAUAUGAGUCCAUUAUUGGAUUACGACCAUGCAAUACCGCCUGAGGAGUUGAUGCAGAGUCAGAAUGAGACAGAUAGCAACUCAACAUUAACUAUACACAGGUACAACGGUCCUCCUUCCGCUAAGAAUAUAAGGGAAAGAAAACUUGCAUUGCACGGAUAUGUAGUACCUCCUCCAGGCUGCGUGGUGAGUCUCUGUGCCCUGAUUAACCUGGGCCAUGCACUGAACCAGGGCGGGGACGAGAGUGCAGGCGGGGCAACCAGAGACCCACAUGGAAAUGGCAAGAGAUGAGAGGAAGAGGAGUGGAGGAAGAUGAGAAGAAGUGUGAUUUGGGGCCUCAUUCAGGAGCUGCUGGCUGUGCUCUAUUUGUCUUAAACUAUUACUUUUCUUUGUCAGCUUUCCUUUGUCACUACUGAUCUGGAAAGAGAAGAGGAUUGAGAGAAAUGUGGAAAUAUUGUAGUCACUCCACCGGCCUAUUGCUUAUGUGCAGCACUUGGUGACGGAGGAGAGGACACAAUAGGAGAGGAGUUGUACAGAGGGUGUAAUUUGUGUGGUAAACUGAAAAAGUUGCUAUUAAUUAAAGACAGAUUCUAAAUAUCUUCUUAAUUAAUUUGAGAUUAUCCACUUUUAAUAAAGAAAAUGAUCAAAUAUU